UGAUGUGUAUUUUUAGUUUCAAACCGACGUAAAGCCACUAUAUCAAGGUUUUUGAAAUAUCCGCUCUAUACGUAACAUAGCGGUAGAAUGCUUUAAUUUGAGAAUCUUGAUAUAGCGACUUUAGAUCGGUUUGAAACUAAAAAUACACAUCACUACAUGGCCGAUUACCCCUAUCUUGAUCCAUCUUAGGGUCACCCAAGGUCAACUGGCCGAAAUCGGGGCUCUCGAAAGAAUGCUUAUAGCUCCUGAACUGUGAGAGAUAGAUAGUUAAGACUGGUCUAGAAUUGCAGAUCUCGGUUCGGGUUAUCGAUUGCGUUGUUUGAAAACCAAAAUACAUCUUACGAUCCAGGGACGAUGAUCUUGUAGACUUUGCAUCGAAAGUCUUACCGUGGUAAACCUUACCUGGAAGCCUAGUCUUUGCAUACGCUUACGUCCUCCGAUGUUCUCUAUCCAGCGGUGAAAACCACAUGUCUAUAGCUCUUUCCCUUUAAAAGUUAUGAGCAAGUAAACUCAUAUUUCUUUAAAUAGACAUCGGGAAUGAAGGGGUUAAGUUAUCAUACUCACGGCGGUUAAAAAACUCAUCAUCAGAUAGUAUUUUUUCCUACCUAAUUUGUUCGUUGUUGUAUUUAUCGUAGCGUACAAUCUGGUAGUGGUCAACUUGUGGCUAGUCUCUAUACACAACGACAAGUUUCAUAUAUAGGAAAAUAUUUAUUAGAUACAACAACAACUGCUAAUCAUAAUUUACUUUAUUAUUCAUCUAAAAAAUUAAAACAAUUACCACAAAUAUUAUCACAUGAUCUAUUUGAAUUAAACAAAAAUUUAUUUUAUUUAUUAUCCGGUACAAUAUAUUAUAAUGGAAUCAUUGGUGUCAUUGCAGAGGGUAUACCAUUUACAAUUCUACUCAUAAAUCAAGGUGGUAUAAAACUUGUUCCACUAAUUUAUUUUUAUCAACUAUUUUUUUCAAUUAUAACAUUUUUCAUCACAAUACCAUAUCAUCGUUCAAAUCUAAAAUUUGAAAAUUUAUUUACAUUAUUUAUUAAUCAACAAAAACGUAUUGAUUUACAAGCAGAACAAAUUGCAUUAUCUGAUCAAAAUGUUAUUGAUGUAGAACAAAAAAAUUUAAUAGAAAAAUUAGAUCAAAGUGUUAAUGCACAAUAUAUAUCUGGUCGAUGGUAUGGCUUAUUAGCUGGUUGUUCUGCACUUUGUAAUUGGUCUGGUACAAUUAUUAAUUAUGCUGUACCAGCAUUUAUUUAUUUUCAUUUAAAUGGAUCAAAUAUUACACCAGAACAAGCUACGAAUAUUCUAACAUUAACAGUAUAUAGCAGUUAUUUACAAGGUAAAUUAUCAAAUUUAAACUCUUAUGGUCCACCAUGGUCACAAAUUUGGACAUUAGGAACAAAGAUUUCAGCAACAUUAGAUCAACUACGUUCCAUAUCAAAUCUCCAUCAUCAUCUAUCUACACAAGAACUUUCAUUAAGUCGACGUCUAUACAUUACUUCACCAUCAUCUCCAAUUACACUAUCAUUAUUCAAUGUUGAUAUUCGUAUACCAUCAACAGAUGUAUCAUCAGUAUCAUCACUUAUACUUGUUAAACACUUAAAUUUUACAUUAACUAAUGAUUCAUCACUUAUAAUUACUGGAUCAAGUGGUUGUGGAAAAAGUACAUUGAUAAGAUUAUUAGCCGGACUACAUUACAAUUUACCAUCUUCGAAUGAGAGGAACAGUCAAAUAAAAAUUUUAAAUAGAAAUCAAAUGAUUUUCUUACCACAAAAAUUACAUUUAAUUGCAGGUACAUUACGUGAACAAUUAUUAUAUCUAAAUCAAGCUAAAUCAUCAUGUUUAAACACAACAACACAAUUACAUGAUGAUCAAUAUAUUUUUAAUUUAUUACGCAAAGUUAAUUUAUAUUAUUUAAUUGAACGUUAUACAUUAGAUUCCACAUCUAAAACACCACAUCAAUGGUCACGUCUAUUAUCAAUUGGUGAACAACAACGUUUAAUUAUUUGUAGUGCACUAUUAGCUGGUAGUAAUAUAAAAUGUUUAAUAUUAGAUGAAACAACAAGUGGAUGUGAUCGUCAAACAGAAGAAUCUGUAUAUCAUUUAUUAAAAGAGAAACAAAUACAAUAUAUAAGUAUUAGUCAUCGUUCAGAUGAAUUAGCUAAAUUUCAUACACAUCAAUUAAAAAUAAUACAAAAUAGUUUUGAAUUUAUAAAAUUAUGA